CACCACACGGACUACGGGUCACGGAGGAAUGGCCUGAAUGGGGCCAGCGAUAUUUUUAUAACCCACGCCAGUGCGCCAUGGCAGCCAUGGUGUUCCCUUUCUUUUUCUCAGCGUGGGGCAGGGCGUUUUCAUAUUUGACUACGGGUUCUAGGCUCAAGAUCUGCUUCAGCCCUGCUCUGUUGCUGUGGGUUUUGGGUAUACUACAUAAUUGCAACAAUUGGCCAUACAUAACUCCCCUUUUUUCCCCAGUUCCUUCCUAGUUUCUACGCACCUUUUUUUUUAUCUCAGAGUUACAGCUACAAGUCAAAUCAUGGAAGGAGGAAAUUCACAAGAAGCAGCACCAGCUGCUGCUUCUGCUGCUGCCAAUACCCAUGAUGCAUUCACUUCAGAUAGCGCGGCUCCGCCAGUGCGGGCUGAAGUGCAUUCCCACGACAUCGCCCAUGGCCAGUAUGUCAUUCACCACGAGGAGGAUGAGAAUGUCCCUGCUCGCCAAAAAGUCACGCCCCGCCCGACCUUCCUAGACCACCUCGCAAACUCGCGCGAGGCGCAAUUUAUGCUGGAUCGAUCGAAUUCGUCCGAGUUGGACCGUUACUUCCAUGGCCCCCGCGAUCUCGACCGCCAUUCUAAAUGGCCCAUGUUCAUGCGGAUGCACGGCAGUGUUCUGCCAGAGAUGAUCCUUCCGCUCAUCAUCGUUGCGAUCUGGUCAACUCUGAUCACCUGCAUCUCGAAAUACAUCCACGACUUGGGGAUUAACAGCAUUCUGUUGACUGUCACUGGUUUCGUUGUUGGUUUGGCGCUGUCGUUCCGGAGUUCCACCGCCUAUGAAAGAUGGGCCGAUGGCCGGAAAUACUGGUCUCUUCUGAUCCAGACCUCGCGCAAUCUCGCCCGCACGAUCUGGAUCAACACCAGCGAACGACCGGGAGACAAGGGCAAGGAGGAUCUAUUGGCCAAGGUAACUGCACUCAACAUGAUCCUUGCUUUCGCCAUUGCUCUCAAACACAAGCUGCGUUUCGAGCCAGACGUUGGCUACGAAGAUCUUGCAGGAUUGAUUGGUCACCUCGAUACCUUCGCCAAAGAGGCCCAUGACCCCCAAGUCCUUCGCCCCCCGAAGAAGUCGGUCUGGAAAACGACAGGCGAAUAUCUCGGUGUCUCCUUCGCUGCGUCGAACCCAAGGAAGCUUGUCAAACGUUCCAAGAAGCCAUUAGGCCAUCUACCCCUGGAAAUUCUGAACCAUAUCUCGGCCUAUAUCGACUCGGUCGUGGCCAACGGCACUCUGACCUCUGGUCUUCACCAGAGCCAAGCUAUCUCUGCUAUCUCGUCAUUGAAUGAAGUCCUAACGGGAACCGAGCGUGUGCUGGAUACUCCACUCCCCGUCGCCUACAGCAUUGCCAUUUCCCAGAUAUCCUGGAUCUACGUCCUAGUCCUGCCGUUCCAGCUGUUCAACUAUCUGGAUUGGGUGACCAUCCCCGGUUCUAUCGUUGGCGCGUAUAUCAUCCUCGGCCUUGCUACCAUUGGCUCGGAGAUUGAAAACCCCUUCGGCCACGACGUUAACGAUCUGCCUCUGGACACGUACUGUCGCCAGCUAGCCCUGGAGCUGGACAUUAUUACCGCCAUGCCGGCACCAAAGGUCGAGGACUUUGUGAAGCGCAAUGAGAACCUGGUUCUCUAUCCACUGAGCCAGUCCGGCUACGACGAGUGGAAGGACCGCAGUGUGGCCGAGAUCCGGGACGCGCUGCGCGCCAAGCUGAUUGCCAACAAGCCUCCGGUAGCAGGCUCCGACUCAUCAACACUGACUGAGAAUGUCACCGUCGAGCUCAAACAGACUGUUUGAGUACUUCUGACCAGAAUCACCAUAAAUAAAAGUCUGAGAUUGGGGCAUAAACUAGCGUGUGAGUUUGGCGUUGUUUGAUAUAUCCUUGUUAAAUCAAUAUAUGUUGUUCAAUUGUAUAGUUUUUCUAGAGCAGGUAUUGUCUAGAAAGCACCUUCUAUAAUAGAAGAAUAAUAUCCGUA